GCUUCGUCCCUCGAGCGCGGCGUACGCAGCGCAGUGCUGAACAUUUCAGCACUAUUCCGGGAUUUGCAGUUUCUUUGAGUAAAAGAAGUAGUUAUGCAGCGGAGAAACAAAGCAACAAAUAUUGGGUUGCUUCUGCUACUUUCUCAGAUAUAUCAAGUUGGAUUUUCCAGAAUUCCACCUGUCACACUGGUGACUUUGGCAGUAAACAUUUUUCUCUUUUUACAACCUCUGAAACGACUCGAUCAAACAUGCAUUAGUGUUGAAAAGUGUCUUUACAUGAAAGAUUGGCAUCGUUUGUAUCUUUCACCGUUUCAUCAUGCAGACGACUGGCAUUUAUAUUUUAAUAUGGUCUCUCUGCUUUGGAAAGGAAUUAACUUGGAAAGAAGGCUUGGAAGUGCAUUGUUUGGAUGUAUAAUUGCAUUAUUUUCUCUGCUAGUUGCAGUUGUAUAUAUGAUUUUGGAAAUUGUAGCUGCAGAACUUCUGGAUGAUCCUGUAUACAAGCUAAGUUGUGCUGUAGGUUUUUCAGGAGUGUUAUUUGCUUUGAAAGUUCUUAACAACUAUUAUCACCCUGGAGGGACCAGCAACUUCAUGGGAAUACAUGUGUCAAACAAAUAUGCAUGUUGGUUGGAACUUCUAGCAAUUCAUUUAGUCAACCCACGGAGCUCUUUUGCAGGACACCUGGCGGGUAUUCUUGUUGGGUUGAUGUAUACCAAAGGACCUCUGAAGACCAUCAUGGAAGCAUGUGCAGGUGGUCUUACCUCUGGCUUUUCAGGACAAAGAAACAGCUACAAUUCAGGAGGCUUUAGUUAUUCUGGUUAUCCAUCCUACACACCGAGAGACUAUAAUACGUACACUAAUGGAUUGAGCGAAGAGGAACAGUAUGAAAGGGCAACGAGAAACAGUCUGAAUGACAGAGGUCGCAGCUCGAGAAAUUACAAUGAUGAAAGGAGACCCUAUGACUCCUGGUUUCCCCCAGGAGAGCUAUCUGCAGAAGAACUCCGAAGGCACAGGCUUAACAGAUAUGAAAGGCAGUAAAAUUCUCAGAUGUCCAGUGACAAUAUAAAAAGGUGUCUAUAUGGUAGCUGCCUAAUGUGGGCUGAUUCUUCUCCUGCCACAUUUACGCAGUCUUGCAGAAAAGAAUGUUUCCUGCCAGGUAUGUACUUAAGACACACCAAGCUGUGUGAAAAAGUGGGGUCAAAAUUAUACUUUCUUGGUAUGAGGAUCUUCGAGAGUAAAGCUUAAGAUGAAAAGGUACCUAAGAGCCAGAUGUAAGUUAAAGAAUUCAAUUCACGAGGAACAGUUUUGAUGUGCUCUUGUUCAGUUCUACUUAUCUCAGUGGGUGGAAGAAGUUGCAGGAGCCUUUGAUUGUUGAACCUUUGGAUGUCAAUGGAACCUACAGACAUAUUCAAAUAAGCAUUUUUUGCUAUGGUACAUGAUUACAAACAUGCUCUGAAAUAUAGAAGUACUACUUAUUUAACUCCAAAGCUGUACAUUUGGGUUUUGGCAAAUAUUUGCAUAUCAAAGUUACAUUAUUCUAUGAUGUAUUAACAGCAGUAGAGUUAGUUGUUGCAAGGAAUUAAUGCAGUGUAAAUUAUGUCGGCAGUGAAGGAAUCGGUAAACAGGCUAUGGUAAUAGUGAACACGUCUAAAUUAAGCUACAUUAUGAGAUUAAAAGAUAGUAGGCAAUGUGUUAAGGUUAUGAUAGCUUUCAUUUGGAUAUGACCUGCCGUCUUCUUGCAGGUAAACCCACUUUUUCUUUUGCUUCAGAGGUAUUGUUCAAGUAGACAAAAAACCUCUCUUGUGGCAUUUUCUGUAUUCUUCUAAGACAUUGCUAUAUGCUUGCAAAGGUUCCUUUUUAAUUAAUAAAAUAAAGACAAUGUAUGUAAAUUUACUCACAUCAGUACUUUAUCCUAUUUGUGUGGCAGACUUGAAAUUUGUAUUUACACUUAAGCUCAAGGAUGGGAACUUUCCUGUCUUUGUCUUGAUCAGUGUCAUUGGAAGUAUACUUUGAUUUUAUCCUGUUGUGCAGAACCACUUGAAAUACUUAUGUGUUGAUUUAUUUGGCUAUUGGAAUGUGAGUUGUCUUAUUUGGCAGGGUUCUGCACUUUUGAAGUCUUAACGUAUCUACCUCUCCAAGGCAUUUUGUCCAGAAUAUAUCAAUAUAAACACUGCCUCACAAGGAACAGCUGAAUGUGAACUUUGCGGAAAUUUACUUAAUGUAAUCUGUUGCAUCUUCAGGAUUUCAUCAGCAGGUUCUCAAGUACAGCUAUCAAACAUUCAAUAUACACAAUAUAGUGUUGGCUGUGCCUCAUUUUUGUAUUUUCUAUUUCCUUGCUUAGUUUUAUCUCAAGGGAAACAAAAAUAAAGAUGCAAAAGAUGGUUUGAGGCUUUCCAAGUGCUGAGGAUCCUAAAUCUGGUGUUCUGUUUUAGCCAGCAACAGAUUUUGUGAGCUUCAUCCUAGGAAAUAAUGAUUCCACCCAUAAUUAAUUGCAUUGGCAGUGCAAAGGUGUUUUGAUCUACACAUACAAUGUAUAUGCUAACCAUAUCUAGUCAAUAUUUAAACAGUUUAAUUUGUUGUAGAAACAAACAGCAUUUAUUCUUUAGAGAAUAACUGUGCCCUUGUGGAAAUGGAAAGAAUAAUUUCUGUGUCCUUUUUUCCUAAAAAUCCCCGUUCUUUGUGGGCAAAUGCUGAGUGAACUUUGUCAUCAUAUUUUGACUUUGUCAUUUCAUUUGGCAAUCUCCUGCUGUUUUCAGAAUUCUAGUAGUUAUAAUCCCCCCCUUAUGUUUGUGAUAAAGAU